AUGAGGUCGAGAAUCUGUCCUUCUGGUUUCCCUGAAACGAGCGGGGAAGAUCUUCAUUCUACCGUUCCCGCCAUUGGAGAGGAGUACCAAGAACCAGCUUACAGAUGCUGCCUAUGCUCAGAGAAUCGUCUGGCUCCGCGUGAGGUGAUGUUCAUGUAGGCCUUCUUUCCUUGCAGCGAACCAGAUGCUGGCAUCUGCCGUAGACCUUUAGUCUGACUAAUGCUCAAAGGUUCGAUUCUUCGGAGGCUUCUUCCACAAGGGUGAAGGAUCAGGGCAUUCAUCUCUCUCUCUCUCUCUCUCUCUCUCUCUCUCCCCCCUCCCCUUCGCCCUCCCCCCCUCUCGGUGACUAAGCGGUCGAGGCAUAGGUCUGCAGCCGCGCUCUCCCGCUGCGAGCAAUGAGGACCCUCUCAGAGGGCGUCUUCACCAGCCGUCCUGCGCUCGCCUUCUCGCUCGCGUUAGGGUUCGGGUUCUUGCUGUCGGCGAUGUCGUGUCCCGUGGUCUCAAAGGCCGUGCUCUUCUUCUCCCCACUGCUAGCUUCCACCGGAGCAUGUCUGGCGGUGGUUUACCUCUUCUUCCUCUCACAGGGUGGCGCCGAGGAGGCGGAGCUUCUUCUCAUCAACGUUGGAGGGCUGGAGCAUGCGGUGCAAGUUCGGGUCUCCGGAGAUUCAAAGCUGGGACUUUGCGGCGACCGUGUCAGAGUUGACUGUUUUCUAUUGGGGAGCUAUCAAGCGAGAGCGAGGGCGACCCAAGCUCCGGUGAAGAUUGGGAGGGUUGGCUGCGCAAGCGACGCCACGGUAGGUUCUUCCCUCGCGACGGAUGAUCUGGCGGAGGGGCUGUGGAACGGUUUCUUCGGGAGCUACUCGAGGUGGCACUACGGCGAGGAAGACCUCCAAGAGUAG